AUGGCUCCAUCUGCCCCCUCGGCCUCUAAGGAGGAGCGCAUUGCUAUCAUCAAUACGGAUAAAUGUAAACCGGCUAAAUGUCGUCAAGAAUGUAAACGAUCUUGUCCCGUGGUGCGCAUGGGACGUCUUUGUAUUGAAGUCGCGCCCACUAGUAAGAUCGCAUUUAUUAGUGAGACGUUAUGCAUUGGAUGUGGUAUUUGUGUGAAAAAAUGUCCAUUCGAAGCUAUCAACAUCGUGAAAUUGCCCACCAACCUAGAAAAAGAAACGACUCAUCGCUACAGUGCGAAUAGUUUCAAGCUACACCGUCUACCGACCCCACGCGUUGGGCAGGUCUUGGGUCUUGUCGGCACGAACGGUAUUGGUAAGAGCACAGCUCUGAAGAUUCUUGCGGGGAAGCAAAAGCCAAACCUUGGUCGAUAUGAUGACCCACCUGACUGGGCAGAGAUUUUGAAGUAUUUCCGUGGCUCCGAGCUUCAAAAUUUCUUCACGAAAGUGUUGGAGGAUAACAUCAAGGCUCUGAUUAAACCUCAAUACGUGGAUAAUCUCCCACGAGCCGUGAAGUCUCGGGCGACUGUGAAUGAGUUGUUGGAUGGCAAACUUCAAAGGAAUAACAAGGAUGAAGUUGUGGCAACAUGCGACCUGCAAGCUGUGCUUGACCGUGACGUGCACAACUUGUCUGGUGGCGAGCUGCAACGCUUUGCAAUUGCGAUGAGUUGCAUUCAAAACGCGAAUAUGUAUAUGUUUGAUGAGCCAUCAUCAUACUUGGACGUAAAGCAACGUCUUAAUGCCGCCCGAACCAUUCGUUCUCUCCUCGAUCCUGACACGUAUGUCAUCGCUGUGGAGCAUGACUUGUCGGUCUUGGACUAUUUGAGUGACUUCAUUUGCUGCUUAUACGGCGUGCCAAGUGUGUAUGGAGUAGUUACUAUGCCAAGUCCUGUUCGUGAUGGUAUCAAUAUCUUCCUUGAUGGUUACAUUCCGGCGGAAAAUAUGCGAUUCCGUGAAGACUCGCUCACUUUCAAGAUUGCUGAAACUGCGGACGACGCCGAAAUUGAGCGGUCUUCGAGCAUCUCAUACCCUUCUAUGUCGAAGAAGUUAGGGUCUUUCGAGCUGUCCAUCGACUCAGGCAGCUUCACAAAUUCUGAAAUCAUUGUUUUCCUAGGUGAGAAUGGUACAGGAAAGACGACUUUCGUGAAAAUGCUCGCCGGCAAGCUUGCUCCGGACACGGGUGCUGACAAGCUGCCCCAACUGAAUGUCUCACUUAAGCCCCAGACAAUUACACCCAAGUUCCAGGGCACUGUUCGUAUGUUGCUUUUGAAGCAAAUCAAGGCGGCCUUUAUGCACCCUCAGUUCCAGACAGAUGUUGUGAAGCCCAUGAGUUUGGACAACAUUAUCGAUCAGGAUGUGCAAACCCUCUCGGGUGGUGAGCUCCAGCGUGUUGCGUUGGUUCUUGCUCUUGGAAAGCCUGCUGAUAUUUACUUGAUUGACGAGCCUAGUGCGUACCUUGAUUCGGAACAACGUAUCCAAGCAUCCAAGGUCAUCAAACGUUUCAUUCUUCACUCCAAGAAGACGGCAAUGAUCAUCGAGCAUGACAUUAUUAUGGCCACAUAUCUUGCUGAUCGUGUCAUCGUGUAUGAAGGCACUCCCUCCAUCAAGGCUCAUGCGCGUUCACCCGAGUCGCUAUUGACGGGUAUGAAUUCCUUCCUUGCCAUGCUCGAUGUGAGUAUGCGUCGCGAUCCAACGAACAUGCGUCCUCGCGUGAACAAGUACAACAGUAUUAAGGACAAGGAGCAAAAGUCUAGCGGUCAAUACUUCUUCUUGGAGGAUUAG